AUGCUGUCUUUUGUCUUCUCGCCGUGCCUGCUUUCGUCGGCUUUCUUUGUCUGCCUCGUCUCUCUGCUUACUCUCCCCUUUCUCUGUAGACAAGAAGUCCCUCCCCCCUUUCCCGUCAGCCUUGCUUCCGUAGAUGCAAAUGCCAGCUUAGAUGUAGCUCUCAAAGAAGACCGUGGGGAUGCCGCUUCGCUCCCUCCUUCCAACCUGUCUCCGAAGAGACAGGUGCCUGCAGAGCCUCGCAGGGCGCUGAAAGACAGAGAUUGCCAGUACCCGAGUGAGGUCGACUCUGCGCCGUGUGUCGAUGCAUCCUCUGUCCCUGCUUGGUCUCCUUCGUCUUCCGGGUCUUUGUCGACGGGACUGUCGCGCUUCUUCUCCCCGUAUGCCUCUUCGCUCUCUGCCUACUCGCCCUACCUUCCCGUUCGACUCGCGCCUCGUCCUCCCGCAUCGGAGGUUUUGGACGCGCUUGUAGCCUCAGCCUGCCUUCUUUCGCGUCUUCGCGAGGCCCACAAGGCGAAAGGCGAGGCCGAAAAAGGCUUCUCAGUUCCGCACUUCUCGACUGCCUCUUCAGGAAAAGAGACGCACGCAAGUGGAGAGCCGCAGAGAGACGGCGCGUACUUUGCCUGCCUUGCCGUUGUCGUGAUGGACGGUGACAGUUUUAGGUGUGUCCCUAUCCCCAAUGCGGCGGCUCUGAAAGAGAAUGUGGGAAAGCAGUAUGCUCUGGCUGAAACAGCAAGCGCCUACUCUCUCUUCUCCCCGCCUCUACGUUCUUUCGCUCUCUCUACGCUCUCUCUACUUCCGACGAGCCUUUUUGCUGCUGCGGACGAAGCGGCGACAAGUGAGGACGUUGCGCUCUUUCCCCCGUACGAACAGAGCCCGUGGCCGGGGAAAUGUAAGCGCCUCUCUCAGUGCACACUCCUCGUGCGGAUAGCUGCCAUUGACGCGCCAGAAACAGCAAAGCGACGACCAGAAGUGAAGACGCAGAGGUCUGCAGCUAAGCAGAAGGCCGGGAAACAGGCUAGACGCCUGCAAGAACAUGACGAAAUCGCGGACGAAAGCACGCAACGCACGCCCAACCGAAUAGACAUCGAUGAAGGCGGGCAGCCGUUCAGUGUCGCCGCUGCUUCCCGCUUAGCUUCAGAGAUUCUCGGACGGGUGGUGCUCGUCAAACAGCUCGGAAAAGACCGGUACGGCAGAACUCUCGCUCGCGUUUUCCGCGUCACGCACGACGCGUCUUUCGCCACCGCAGUCCGUGACGCGAUGAAGAAAAUCAAAAUGGCUCUCAUGACUGGGGAAAGACCGACAACGGAAAAGGCACGCGAGGAACAGGUGGACGCGGAAGAACCGGAGGGAUACGAACCGGGGACGGGGACGAGACAACUCUCAGUGAAACGUACAGGAGGCCAGCGAACUGAACGGAAGGGGAUUCCGUCAGCAGGCCUGGCUGCUUUAGCCGGGGGGUUUGUUGUGGGUUUGUUAAAAACAGAGGCGGAGAAACUGGGACACCACAUCAAGCUAGAAUCCGCCAAGGCUGGAGCUGCGGCCAAAGAACUGGCGACGAAGAUUUUUAUCGAAGAGGUUCUCGAGAAAAAAACGAAGGAGGCAGCGGACGUUUUGCUCAGGGAAGGGCUCGCUGUGGUGUACACGCAGGGAGGGGCAAAGUUUGAUGGACGAAAGAAUGAACUUCUCGUGAUUGAGCAAGAGGCAAAAAGAAACAAGCUGGGCUUCUGGGGUAUUCCAGAGAGUGCCCGAGAAACACCCGCAGAAUACAAGAAAAGAAAACGAAGCGAAUGA